UCGCCUGAAGAUCCAGGCGCGAAGUUUUGUUUGGAAAGAUCUUCUGUAAUCAAAUUGCAUGCAGAGGCUAUUCAAGAACUUUAAGCUUUUGAUCAUAUUUACAAGAGGAUGAUAGCUGUUUUGAAUCUUCAUUAAAUGAGACCUCAUUUCAGGACAUAGCUCAGUAUUAUUCGCUUCAAGAAAAUAUGAAGAAGUUGGGCGUAAUACCUUUGAAAUUGGUCACUGUACAGACAUUUCUUCUACCUAUAGCAUAGAUGUCUGGGAUGGAUGCCAUCAAAAGUCUCCAAAUCAUUUAAAAUACGAUUCAGGAAAUUUGACACCCUGUCCAGCAAUUUUUUUAUUUUUUAAAAGUAGCUCUGAUUUAGAAAAACACCAGCGGAAUCAAACACGGAUGUUUGGUUGUGAAGAAUGUGGUAAACAGUUUGUGCACAAAGAUCAUCUUAAGAUGCAUGCAGGAAUCCAUACUGGAGAGAAAACCCAUUGUUGCACUGAAUGCGACAAGCGAUUCAGAGAAGCCAGUGAUCUUCGAAAGCAUGUGAGAAUUCACACUGGUGAGAAACCUUAUGGCUGUACUGAAUGUGUCAAGCGAUUCAGAGUAUCAAGUGAUCUUCGCAAACAUAUGAAAAUUCACACUGGUGAGAAGCCACAUUGCUGUACUAUAUGCGACAAGCGUUUCAGAGAAUCAAAUGAUCUCCUGCGACACGUUAGAACUCACACUGGAGAGAAGCCGUAUAGCUGUACCGAGUGCGGCAAGCGAUUCAUUGAUAAAAGUUCUGUACAAAGACACAUGAAAAUUCAUGUGGAAGAGAAAUUAUAUUGCUGUAGUGAAUGUGACAAGCGAUUCAAAGACCAUCGUGCACUUCGGAAGCACGUGAAAAUCCAUGCCAAAGUGAAGCCAUAUUGCUGUAUUGAAUGUGGAAAGCAGUUAGCAGAACGAUGUGCACUUCGAAAGCACAUGAUAAUCCAUACUGGAGAAAAGCAAUAUGGCUGUGCAGAAUGUGGUAAGCGAUUCAGAGACUCGAGUGAUCUUAAAAGGCACAUGAAUAUUCACACCGGAGAGAAGCCAUACGGCUGUGAUCAAUGUGACAAGUUGUACAUGAAUAAAAUGUCUCUGCAGAGACACAAGAAAACUCAUUCGGCGAAAAGCCAAGAAAAUGUAUAAAGAAUUAGAAACUAUCCAGGCAAUUGUAGCAAAUCCUAAGAUUUUGUGAAGAAUAAAUGUAUUUUAUGAAGACAAACCCACCAUUAUUAUGUGAUAGCCAUAGUUUUACCACUAGUUUAAAUUUCUUUUCAUUUUAUUUUCUAUUUUAAAUUGUUUGUUUAGUAUUAUUUAGUAAAUAUGUAAUA